CCAUGCUAGCUAAACAAGGUGAUUCUUAAGUCGUCUAGGCAGUUGAAACAUUUCGUCGGAUGGUAUAUAGAGGGUUCUGGAGGACAGUAAGCUUGCUUCUCCGGUCCUCAUAUGCACGAAUAUAAGUACUUGCAAUCCAUCGACAUUGCAAAACGCACAACUUUCUUCUGAGCAUUAUCAUUACAACCAUCCUGUACCAAAUCACAGUCAUCAUCUUAAGGCUUGUCCUUUUAGCCGCACCAGUCAACUAACCAUGUCUUACCUGCACCUAACGCGUACUCGCACCCGCGAGCGCACCCCAGAGUACGAAUCUUACUACUCACGUCCCCUCGUCCAUCACGACUCUAGCAAACGCCGUCGGAGCAUCACACUCUCAGAUCUCGAUGACGAAGAUGGCCAUGACGACUACCCCUACUCGUCCAACCAUAAGCCAGCCAGGCCAUCCCGCGCCCUAACAGUACGGGAUCAGCCCUUUCAACUCGAGCGCUACAACGUCUGGACUGACAAUCGGCGCCCCCAAAACGAUGCGGAGGACGAGAACAGACGCCGUAGCUACGAGACAAGGCGUACGUACAAAUACUCCUCGGACCGCGCCGCUUCUUCCGAGCCAGACGACCAAGAUUUCCACCUCAGCAUCAACGCUAAGUUCGGCCGUCCACACUCGUCGCACCACCACCACACUUCCUCGCUUCUCUCACCCUCUUACGACCCUUUCCAUCGUAGUGAAAAGUGGUGGGUAGAUGAGCGUUGGGAGUCUCGUGAGCGGUCUGCCUCACGGGAAAGGACCCGUACACGACGAGACAGUUUCUGGGGCGACUCUCCUUUCGAGGAGAAGGAGACUGAGGAGGAGAAGUGGAGAAGCUAUCAUAGGGUUGGUGGAAGGGAGGUGGAGAGGGAGAGCGUCAGGCCGUUGAGUGGCUGGAGGAGAAGGAAUAUUAUCUUGGGUGACGACUAGGGAGGGCAUCUAGGGAUAGAAGGAGGCGCUCGAUCCAAACUGUGUUUCUUAGUGUUGUGUCCUCCUCAUUGUUGUUAGUCUUAGAUGAUUUGAGUCUGCUUUAGGCUUCGCGAUAGACUGUCUUCGUUUGUUUUCCUGAGCAGCACAUGUGGCUAGAGCUGCUUCUGUACCCUGAAUAUAAUAUUCGAUUAGUAGCUCAAUGAGA